UUCUAAUCUCAUUGAUUUUUGUGUUUCGUAUUCCCUGAUGGCCACAGCGCUGGUGGGGAGAACGAUGGAACAGAAGCCAUUCCCAGUGUGUCAGUCAGUAGCCUAGCUCACCCAUAGUUGGCCUUAUGGAUAUCUAGAUAACACUGUACAACAGGGAUAGCAGCGGACAGCUCAAGUGCCUUGGAUUGUGCUGGUUGUGGCUCAUGAUCAAUUGAACCUUUUAAGGGCCCCAGGUAGUGAGCGACUAGCACAAGGAUGAGUGAUUGGGGCGUUGCACUGUUGGUCAUCGUCAUCUGUGCUGUCGUGGCGGUGGCAGCGGCGGUGUUGUUCCGGCUGUUUGGCAUCUACCAUCUUGCAGCGUGUUUCGCCAGUGACGAGGAGAAGGCGGUGUUAACGAAGAACGAACAGGGGAAUGGCUAUAUGGUGAACCAUUCUGAGAGCGCUGAGUUUGUUCUGGACACGAGUGGGAAGUUUGUACAGUAUGACACUCUCAACUCGGACCCCAAGUACCUCAACCUCGAGGCGGGCAAGGUAGCCAAGCAGGAAAGUGUUGAAAGGACCAGUCCAGUAUCCGUUGGGACGAGCUCCGUCACCUCAGAUAUUGACUUCACUCAUGCCGGUAUACGCCGAGCAGAGUCGUGCGAGAGCGUCGCUUCCGACUCAUCUGUCCUCGAGAUGCAGCCGGAUAUGCCAAAAAUUGGGCAGCUUGAGUUUGCCCUGGAAUACGACAGGGAGGUCUCUGAGCUGAUUAUCAGCAUUAUCCAGUGCCGGGAUCUGGCCGCUAAUCAGUACUCUGGCACUCUGGACACAUUCAUCCGUGGAGUGUUGCUUCCUGACUCUGGAGCAAAGUUCCAGACAAAGACCAUUAAACACUCUACAGAUCCAGUGUACAAGGAGCGCUAUCUGUUUACCAUAGAACCGGAACAUCUGGACAGAAGGAUGCUCCAGUUCCAGGUGUAUGCUGUGGACAAAUAUGCCCGCCAGAAGGUGAUAGGAGAGGCAGAUAUCCGAGUUGGGGACGUUGACCUCAAUAUGCCUAUCAAGAUGUGGCUCAAUCUCAGAGAUAUUGCUGAAGAGAAACCAACUGAGUAUGGCGAUAUCCUGUUCUCGCUGAGCUACCUUCCAACAGCCGAGCGGUUGACCAUUGUGAUAGUAAAGGCCAGGAACCUCAAGUGGAGGGAACACAAGGACAGCGGAGAUCCUUUUGUGAAGGUAUACCUGAUGCAGAAUGGCAAGAAGAUCUCGAAGAAGAAGACGACUGUGAAACGAGGAGAGAAGAACCCUAUAUUCAACGAGGCCAUGAUCUUCUCUGUACCUUCCACAGCUUUACCCACUGUCCAGCUCCGAAUAACUGUCGCAGAGUUCCUUCCAGACAAUCGAACGCCAUCAUUAGGUCACGUGAUCGUUGGCGCAAACACUUCAGGAACGGAAUUAUCCCACUGGAAUCAAAUGAUGACGUCACUACGGAAACCUGUGGCAAUGUGGCACUAUCUAAGGAAAUAAAGCGUCGUGACAUUUACUUACUGGAUGAUCAAAUAUGAAUGGAUUACUCAAGAGGACUAACGUGUAAAGAGUGGUUGGCAAAUGGCGUCAGGUUAGGUGACAACUAAGCAGCGGAGGUGAGAAAAGCAUUGCGCAAGAAAGUCCCGAGACACGCUAGACGAUGGGCGUGGCACCUGAUGCAGGGGAGCAGAUGUUGACAGGCUGUCAAUGUACGUCAUACAUUGAAAUAUAUCUGAAUACAUUUCACAGCCACCAGGAAUUGACAUUAAACUAAUGCCAUAUAUUUCCCAAAAUGUUUAAUUUGUUAGAAGUGAAAUCAAAAUUAGAUCAUACAGUGAUCAAAGUAGAGAUUUGUUAUUAAUUGCUUUAUUUUAUUGAUGGGGUCGGAGAUUUGGGGAGGUGUCCUAGCUUCUUGUCCUAGCGUCCUAGUCAAUGAUUAAAUCGAGCACUCUCAGUUGAAAAUAUAGAUGCUACAUGCUAUAGUUAGUAUUAAGAAGCUAGGAAGUACUACUAUACCUAAAACAACCACCAUUUCCUUAUCCUGUUUGUGAUAUUUUAUUGGGUUAAAGCCAGAAGAUGCUCCACAAUAGGUUUUUUCAUAAUAAUGUCGCUGCUGACACCGGUUUGAUUAUUCAAACUGAAUAAGAUACCAUCAGUGAAAUGAGAUGUAACUGACAUAGUAUUACAAACGAUAUUAAAUAAAUAAAAACGACAACACUAAUUAUUAUUACGAAAUGAUAACAAGAGCAGUAUUUCAAGAAAACAGAAUUGGAAUAACAAUUGCUAAUACUAAAUGAAAUUCAGCAGUGUAUGAAAAAUAUUCUGCUCCCCUCAAUAAGUAUAUACUAUCUUACAAAAGAAAGUAUAUACCCAUGUCUGUUAAUGACUAAUACUGAAAACAAAUUAUAGAGUUGGUUGUUUAGUGGCUAUAAGGAUUUAGUCGUGGUUUUAGUUCGCGAUGUUUCGGCCUAAUAACGUGUUCAAUUUUGAGUGGAAGUGAAUACUGUGGUUUGCCAUCCAGUAUAUUGUCAUAGAAAGAGGAACAAAUAAAGAUUUCACCAAGAUUUCACCAAGAUUUCAUACUGUUAUUUCGAAAUUACCAUCGCAUAAUGGAAAUAUUGUUGAUGUAAGCGAAAUACAAACAAAUACAAUUUUUUCUAGUUUACCACGUUUCACGGGAUCAGGUGGGAUCAAUACACAAUAAUAGACAUACUUGAAUGAUUUGCUUAUGAAGUAUCGGCAACAGUCAAUCUGGUCGCGUUUUAUCUUACGUAAUACACGGUUUGUACGGUGCUUGUAGAAAUCUCGGUUCACCGUUGCGCUACCGCCAGUUCAAAGGGAGCUAACCACUCCCCUGUCAUACCCUUGAAGUUAUUCGUCAUUGAAGUCCUUUAUUAUCAUUAAUAUUUGCAAUGUAUUGUAUUUGAAGCACAUAUGCUUUAUUGUUUUCAACGUCUGAGAGUUUAUAUAACAAACCUCUUGGUUUUGUUCACUUGUUAGACUAUUGUUUUGUUGGCAAUUCUUGUGAUAGACGAUUUGCAGUUACCUGUUGUCAGUUUCCUUCCUUACCCAAUAUUGUAAAGCAGUUGAAUGUACAUUCACGUGUGAUACUCUAUAAUUAUUCUCAAAUAUAUAUGUAUAUAAGAUAACCACAAAGUUAUUUUUGUUACCAUUUAAUGCAUAUAUAUGUACGUAUCAAGUUGAAAUACGUUAUAGAUGCUAUGGGACUUAUUUUUGCUCAAUCAAAAAGUGAUUCAAACUGCUAUGCCUUUGCCAGAUAGGAUAUACUCAAUCUAUCUAAGACAGCUCACACAAGAAAUCAUAUUACAAAUAAUCGUAUUCAAAAUAUUUGUUUAGUAUUCUUCGUCAAAAUCUGAAUAUAAUAUGUACGUGCUGUAUUAUAAACUACGGUAUUGAGUGAUUGUUCGUGACGAUGUUUGGACCAAAUUGAUUUUGACCCGACUUUGAAGGAUUUGCCCCCAAAUUGACGUUAAACAGUAGAACCGCAGUAUCUGCAGCCCCAGCACCAGAGAAAUAGUUCGACGUAUCCGUGUUUCGACACAUCAGACUCGACCUUAUAACCGCCUGAGGAGUAGAAGUUCGACACAUCAGACUCGACCUUAUAACUGUCUGAGGAGUAGACGUUCGACACAUCAGACUCGACCUUAUAACCGUCUGAGGGGUAGAAGUUCGACACAUCAGACUCGACCUUAUAACCGUCUGAGGACUAGAAGUUUCUACUGAUGUGUGUUUGUUUAUAUUCUACUCACAACUUUGCUACGGAUACUGACUGAACUUCAUUCACUCUGCCAGUAAAUAUAUAAACUGAGGGGCAAAAGAAAGUAUACCUCCAGGAUUGUGUCUUAAAAAGAAACAAAAAGAAAUAAUAGUGAUGUCUUUGAUACGGGUAGCAGAGUUUGCGGUUCUUCGGCCACUGCUCAGCCUGGUAACGUUUUGAUUACAUUUGUAACUUUUUGGCCAGAUCCAAUUAUCAAGUGUGUUCUCUCUUUUUCCAAACAGUUUAGUUUUCAUGAUAUAUAGGGGAUAAUUUGUAGACGCUUUUAUCACAUAUCAUGUAGACGUUCAGAUAUUGAGCACUGUUGAAACCACCCAUUCUUUCAUACACAUUUAAUAUUCUCAAUCAGAUGAAUUUAACAUAGAUUCUCUACCUAUUAUAAUAGCAUAUUUGGAUAGAAUAUGUAUUUACAAUAUUUUAUUAAUCCGUUUCUAUAUUUAUACUGCAAUGCUUUAUCUACCUAGUCAACUUUAGUAUAUGUGUGAUACAAGGUGAAAUAUACUGUUCCAAUGAUACUUCCUACUUUCAUGUAAGUUGUUGAAAGGGAGACAAACAGGUGUAUCACGUGAAACAUAUUUGCAAGAAGUCGCAAUACUGUUGAAAGUAUUAAUGUAACCUUUAUACUUAUACGUCAAUUUGAAAAUUGUGAGUUAUAUUACCACUGACAGACAAUCACAUACAGGUUCAAAUUCGAACAAGGUAUGUGUAUAUUUAACGAGCAUGGCAGACGCACGUGGAUGCCAGUGGUGACUGUCUGCUCAGAUUGACACACGUGUCAAAUAUAACUGAAAUGUGGAGGAUGCAUGUUUCCCAUCCUAAUGCUCACGUGGUAUCAUGUUUACCUCUCCUAUGUUUACAACUCAUGUUUGUUUCCCUGUCUCUGUUUGUAUUGAUCUCCCAUUUAUGUAUAUACAGUGUGAAAUAAAACAAGGAUAUGGACCA